UUUGGUGGUGGUGGUGGUAGUAGUGGUGGCGGUGGUGGUGGUAGUGGUGGUGGUGGUGGUAGUAAUAGUAGUAGUAGUGGUGAGUGGGCGCAAACUGCGCGAAGCUAGUUCGUGGUUGAAAGCUGCAACGAAGCGCGAGGCGUGCAGAGUUGCAGCAGGAAAUUAUGAAGCGUAUAAGGAGCGCCCCGUUGGCCGCCGCUUGUGACAGCUGCCGGUGAAUGUGUGAUCCGGGGGCAGCAGAGAUCCACCGUAAUGACGACCGAAGAGACGACCGAGCAGCCCCCGGUAGACGACUGCCUGAAGGAACGGAAAUGGUGGUGCUUCCUGCUGUCGAGCAUCUUCACUUUCCUUGCCGGGCUGCUGAUCGUACUCCUCUGGCGUGCGUUCGCCUUCCUCUGCUGUCGCAAGGAACCCGAAUUCGCUCCAAAUGACCCGAAACAGAAAGAGCAAAAGACGAGCCGUCAGGGCAAGGAGUUCGAGGGGACUUUUAUGACCGAGGCCAAAGACUGGGCCGGUGAACUGAUUUCUGGACAGACCACCACUGGACGUAUUUUGGUGGUGUUAGUUUUCAUUCUCAGUAUAGCAUCGCUUAUAAUAUACUUCAUCGAUGCCUCUAGCGAAGAGGUGGAACGUUGCCAAGAGUGGAGCAACAACAUUACUCAGCAGAUAGACUUAGCUUUCAAUAUAUUUUUUAUGGUCUACUUUUUUAUACGCUUUAUCGCCGCCAGUGAUAAGCUGUGGUUCAUGCUGGAGAUGUAUUCGUUCGUGGACUACUUUACGAUACCACCGUCCUUCGUGUCGAUAUAUCUCGAUCGGACGUGGAUCGGACUGAGGUUCCUUCGAGCCCUACGACUGAUGACGGUCCCUGACAUUCUCCAGUACCUAAACAUUCUAAAGACAUCGAGUUCCAUUCGUCUCGCCCAACUUGUAUCGAUCUUCAUCUCCGUCUGGUUAACAGCUGCUGGCAUCAUUCAUUUGCUUGAAAACUCAGGGGACCCGUUCGAGUUCACGAACCCUCAACAGCUUUCGUACUGGACCUGCGUCUACUUUCUCAUCGUGACGAUGUCCACGGUAGGAUAUGGCGACGUUUACUGCCAGACGGUCCUCGGCCGCACAUUCCUAGUAUUUUUUCUACUCGUCGGUUUGGCGGUGUUCGCCAGCUGGAUCCCAGAGAUCACGGAGCUCGCCGCGAACCGCUGCAAGUACGGUGGCCAGUACAAGCGCGAGCGUGGACGCAGACAUAUUGUCGUGUGUGGCCACAUCACCUACGAAUCAGUCUCGCACUUCCUCAAGGACUUCUUGCACGAGGACCGCGAGGACGUCGACGUGGAAGUUGUCUUCUUGCAUAGGAAAGAGCCAGAUCUCGAAUUGGAGGGUCUCCUGAAGAGGCAUUACACGACCGUGGAGUUUUUUCAGGGCACUAUGAUGAAUGCUGUGGACCUGGAGCGUGUCAAGGUCCACGAGGCAGACGCGUGUUUGGUUCUGGCGAACAAGUACUGUCAAGAUCCAGAUGCGGAAGACGCAGCAAACAUCAUGCGUGUCAUCUCCAUCAAGAACUAUUCGGAUGACAUUCGCGUUAUCAUUCAAUUAAUGCAAUAUCACAACAAGGCCUACUUACUAAACAUUCCAUCAUGGGACUGGAAACAGGGCGACGACGUGAUUUGCCUGGCCGAAUUGAAGCUGGGCUUCAUCGCACAGUCCUGUCUAGCGCCGGGUUUCAGCACGAUGAUGGCCAAUCUUUUCGCCAUGCGUUCCUUCAAGACGUCGCCGGAUACUCAGGCGUGGCAGAAUGAUUACCUGCAGGGCACGGGCUGCGAGAUGUACACGGAAACCCUCUCCCCGUCCUUUACCGGGAUGACAUUUCCCCAAGCCAGCGAGUUAUGCUUCACGAAGUUGAAGUUAUUGCUGUUGGCAAUCGAGAUAAAGGGCGAAGGAGGUGGCGACAGUAAGAUAUCAAUUAAUCCACGUGGUGCCAAGAUCGUAGCAAAUACUCAGGGAUUCUUCAUUGCUCAAUCUGCCGACGAAGUAAAACGGGCGUGGUUCUAUUGCAAAGCAUGCCACGAGGAUAUAAAAGACGAAACUCUGAUCAAGAAGUGCAAGUGCAAAAAUUUGGGGCAGCAGCAGCGCUCCUGGGGCCGGGACUUAGUGGCCACAUUCCGGAAAGGCGUGCGAGCUGUUCAAAUGGUUGGAAGAGCAAGUGAAGACUUCUCGUAUGCAAACGACCACCAUCCUCCCCCCACAUUCACUCCGCCAGAACUGCCCAAGAUGGUUCACGUAAGAGGUGAGAUCAGUCGUGACCGAGAAGAUCCAAACGCGAUGAGAAAUCACCGGAAUUCCGUCGGGAUGACCAUGAUGAAUUCAACGAAACAAGUGAAUAAAGUGAAACCGAAUGUGAAUCGAGCGACAAAUGACAGUUUAUCCAGUCCAAAUCAACCGUACAAUCAGAGAUCGCAAGAGGAGUCCGCAUACCCUGGCUACCAUCUCGCCUACGAAGUCAAAAAGCUCAUGCCGACGAGCAGAGCCUCGGGUGGUACGAACGUGAACAACAACGGUGGUCUUCAAGUCGGAAUAGCCGACGAUCAGGCGAAGGACUUCGAUUUCGAGAAGACCGAAAUGAAGUACGAUUCAACGGGUAUGUUCCAUUGGAGUCCAUCCCGUAACCUCGAAGACUGCAUAUUGGAUCGUAAUCAGGCGGCGAUGACAGUCUUGAACGGACAUGUCGUCGUAUGCCUAUUCGCCGAUCCCGACUCGCCUCUCAUCGGACUGAGAAACCUUGUCAUGCCAUUACGAGCUUCCAAUUUUCAUUACCACGAGCUUAAACACGUAGUAAUAGUUGGGUCUGUGGAUUACAUCCGCCGCGAGUGGAAGAUGUUGCAGAAUCUACCGAAGAUAUCGGUGUUAAACGGUUCACCAUUAAGCAGAGCAGAUCUGCGUGCCGUUAACGUGAAUUUGUGCGACAUGUGUUGUAUCCUGUCGGCUAAAGUGCCUAGCAACGAUGACCCCACCCUCGCCGACAAGGAAGCCAUCCUCGCGUCCCUUAAUAUCAAAGCUAUGACUUUCGAUGACACCAUUGGUGUGCUGAGCCAAGCAAAUAAUGAACAAGGUAAUUUGACCGCAGUUGGCAGCCCAAUCGUUUUGCAGCGACGAGGAUCCGUUUAUGGAGCAAACGUGCCAAUGAUAACAGAACUCGUAAACGAUAGCAACGUGCAGUUUCUUGACCAGGACGACGACGAUGAUCCGGACACAGAACUGUACCUUACCCAACCGUUUGCUUGCGGUACUGCCUUUGCCGUCAGCGUAUUAGAUUCAUUAAUGUCGACGACAUAUUUCAAUCAGAACGCGCUGACUUUAAUUCGAUCUCUAAUCACUGGUGGAGCAACGCCUGAGUUAGAAUUAAUUCUUGCUGAAGGAGCAGGUUUACGAGGAGGUUAUAGCACACCUGAUAGUUUGGCCAAUAGAGAUCGAUGUCGAGUUGGUCAAAUCGCGUUGUACGACGGGCCAUUAGCCCAGUAUGGCGAAGGAGGCAAGUACGGUGACCUCUUUGUCGCAGCAUUAAAGUCAUAUGGAAUGCUGUGCAUUGGUCUGUACAGGUACAGGUUUCGAGAUACAAGCUCAUCGUGCGAUGCUUCUUCUAAACGAUACGUCAUUACAAAUCCUCCAGAUGAUUUCACGUUAUUGCCUACAGAUCAGGUUUUCGUGCUGAUGCAAUUUGACCCAGGUCUGGAAUAUAAGCCGAGCAGAGGAGCUCGGGGAAAGGAUGACGCCUCCUGACUGUUGCUGUGUAGCGCCCUCACCGACGGACCUUAUUCCUAUAUCUAAUCACGCAAAGGAAGCCAUCAUGCCGCCCGUCGUCCCUAGUCUAGAUUGGCUGGCAUUAUGGUACGAUGCCCUCAACGAAUAAUUAUCGCAAACCCCGUCCAUAGAAACGUAUCAUCAACACGUCCGUUUUUUCCGCUGGUUACAUAGUGUGUCACUGGUGAAAAUUUCGUCGAUACUUAAGUACAACUGAUUCGGUUUUCCUUUAGUGUGUCCAACAGAUUUCUCUGUUCUUUGCUAUUUAUCGCUGCGUGAUUUAUUUUCACAUCGUGUUCGAACAUUUUUUACGUUGAGGCUUGUUUGUGAUAACGAGUAGAAGAAGAAGGUAAAAAAAAAUAUUGUAGAGAAAGAAAAAAGAAGCAUCGUGACAAAUGUGAAGAGAGAAAGGAGGAAGAAGAAGGAGGACGAAAGAGGAAUAAUCUGCAAGGGGAAGAAAGAAAUAUAGAAACGGCAAAAGGGAUACCGGGAUGCGGUAUGAUGAAAAACGGUCCGAGGGUAGCUACACGUUAAGGUUUCUAAAUCUUCGUAAGACGAAGAAAUAAUAACGUCUUCGAUGGAAGGCUGAAUAAGGACUGAACGGGCUUAUCUCUGAAGCGUAAAACGGUUGUGUAUAUCCCACGGCCCUUUAUGCAUUCAGCAGUAUACAGAAGAAGUACAGGAAGAAAACAGAAAAAGAAAAAAAAAAGAUAUACUUAAAACAAUGCGAAGCAAAACAGCUUAACUAAUAAAAAUGCUUGAGAACAUCUUCAAGGCUGAUCGCUAAGGAAUUGUAAUCGCCUUCGCGACUUAACGUAUACCAUCGCUGUAGCUCAUUCAGGAUAUGUAAAUAGGUACAGAACAGGUGAAUAUGUUGUCAUUUGACGGUAAACUAUAAGCGAAAAUGCGGAACGAGGAGGAAAGAGGAAGAAAUACGAUUAUUGAUUGAGAUAUAAAUCGCACUGACAGGAACCACCGUUUUGGUCCUUUCAUUGUAAAUGCAUUGUUCACUUUGCAAAGACAGUCGUGUGUUCGUCUCCUGUAUCGUGAUUUUGUAUCUUGCCUUGUCAGCAAAUGGAAAUAUGUAUACAUAUAUGUACAUGUAUCUGUAUAUGCGUAUGUACGUAGGUGAUUUGUGCAAUUAGAGCAGACCACAGCUUUUAUUCUGAAAAUGAAAGACUUACAAGAAGUGUGAUAUAUGAUUUAGCAUAUUUGCAAUUUUAUCAUUGUAUAUCUAAUUUUGUUAUGAUUAUGUACACUUCUCCGUUUUUCUGUUCUCUUCUUGAUUUAUAAAUACAGAAAUAUUGAAAUAAAUAGUUUAUAUAAUACUCUGUGAUCAGUGUGCAAGUCCACUGAUAAAGAUAUUUAUAUUAUUGAAUGUAAUAUGUGAUUUUUAAACGUGAUUUACAACUUUUUUUGUAACUACAUACGUAUGCAAUAAAAAGUUGACAUCAUAUUUAAUUAUAUAAAUCUAUACCAGAAAAAUAAAAUAUUUAGCACGGUUAUGUAUAUACACAUAUGUUAUUUCUCUAAAUGGGCUUGUAAAAUAUUAAUCUUCUUAUUCCAUUAUUGCAGCAUUUUUACACAAAUAAUGAAAAAGGAUUAAUGAUAAUACAAAGCACUAUAUUUUCUACUUGCAUUUAACGAAACAAAUAUAAGCAAAUAUUAUAGAUAGAUAUUUACGAUAUUUCUAAAAAGAAACGAAUAUUAAUUUAGCGUGUUUAUUUUGCUAAUUAUGUAUGUAUGAUAUAUAUUUUAUUUCAAUUUUUGUGUAAUCAAGAAAAAGGUUAUAGUCUGUUAUACAUGCAACAAUCACCUCGUAUGCUUAGUUUUAGAUGAAACAAUUUGCAAAUGAUAUGUGCAGCGUUACAAAAGAUAGGUACGAACAGGAGUGCAGGACUAUAUGUAAACUUUACCUUGAGUGUCUUCUUUUGCGGCUAAUGAUAAAAAAAAUCUCAAUCAAGCACUUUGUACAGAUUCUAUACAUAAACGUGUAUGCAUCUAUGGAUGUAUGUACGUAUGUAGGUACGUACGUAUGUAUGUAUGUAUGUAUCUAUGUAUGAAUUUAUGCACGUACGUGCGUAUGUAUGUAUCUAUGUAUGUAUACAUGUAUGUAUGAAUGUAUACAUUUAUGCAUGUAUAUACAUAUGUGUAUAUAAUUGUAUACGUAUGCGGGUACUUAUGUACGCGUAUAUACACAUAUUUGUACGUGUGUAUAUGUAUGCAUGUGUGUGUGUUUGUGUGUAGAUAUGUAUGCGUGUACAUGUGUAUGCAUGCACGUGUGUAUGUGUAUAUAUAUGUAUGUAUGUAUAUGUGUGAAUAUAUAUAAUAAUUACGAUAAAAAAAAUACCCUUUUCCACACAAAUUGAGUAUUAAUCGAUUAUGUAUCGAUACGACUAAAUAUACGUUAUAAGUAUAUAUGCACAUAUAUAUGUAUACAUAGACACUCUCUUUUAUAUAUUUUUAUGAAACUCACGAGUGUGUACAUACGAACGUACAUAUGUGUACAUACAUCCAUAUACGUAUACACGUAUGUAUGUAUGUAUAUAUGUCUGUAUGCAUGUAUAUGUAUAUAUAUGUAUGUAUGUAAAAAAAAACAAACAAACAAACAAACGGAUCAAAUAAGAUAUAUACAUACAAAAUAUACAUAAAGAAAAAAAAAAGAUAAGAAAUACACAGAUACACCUAUACACAAAACUUCUUCCUUGCUCUUUCCCCCGCUCCGCCCCAACCCCCUUUUUUUCUGUCACUGUAACAUGACUGAAACACGCACACGUAAUGAUAUAACAUACGAGAGAGAAAAAAAAAGUACGUACGAGUGCAUGUAAUAUGGCAACACAAUCACAAUACGGUAUGGAUUCACAGAUACAGAUGCAUUAAGGUACAUACACACACGCGCAUCCUUUCUUUCUUUCAUGUACACGCGCGCAGCGCACACGCAUAAACACACACACACAACACGCAUAAACACACAUAACACGUAUAUACACACCCACAUGUGCGCGCGCAUACACACACAUACACACAUGCACACACGAUGGAAAAAAAGUGAUAUUACAUCGACGAAAUGCGUGAGAAGAAAGAAGAAUGGGGGGAGAGAAAAAAAAAAAAGGAAACCAGGGGAAACGAUUCGCGCGUGCGGAAGCAAAGUAACACGGGGAGUGUAAAGGAAAUGGAAAUGUAUCGUGUGAUCCGACCAAUAUGAUACACGUUGAAAAAAGCAUCGGUUUCUGUGCUCGAUCGUUAAAAUUCAGACUAACUUACGGGAUAAUAAUAAUAAAAAAAAAAAAAAAAAAAAAAAAAAUGUGCAAAUGGGACGUAGCGGAUCGAUAUUAACGGGGAGAAGAGAGAAUAUAAAAAAGUAGCUGUGGUAGACGCUGCCGUGUAUCGCGAUUACGAGUCGCCGCCGCCACCGCCAUUGCUACUGUUUGCAAUAUAUCCAUAUGCACUAUUCACUGCCACUGCAGUUCGUGUUAUAUCGUUGUAUAUAACUUUCUAUGUAUGGCUCGAUUAAGGCGAGAAGGGCCGGUGAGGCGUGCGAAUCGGAUAGCUUGAUGAAUGUAAAAAAAAGAGAAAAAAAAAAAAAAGAAGAAGAUUAUAAUAACUAAACAAUGUGCAGCAUCAGCCGCAAUAAGUGUCAUUCGUUGCUCCUGAUUUCCAAGUAUUUUUUCAUUUUUUUUUUAUUCUAUUUUUGAUUUUUCGUUAUUUAUUAUUUUGUAUCGAUCCGGAGAACGCCGAUCGAUCUCUCUCUGUUUUUUUAAUGUCAAAAUCGAUAUUUAAAUGCGCUCCUUUAAUCGAUUGCGAAUGUAAUGUUACGAUGACGAUAAAAAUGAACGAUUGUCAAUGAAUCGCUUUCAGCUUUCUUAUUCUUCUCAUAUCGAUCGAACAAUAGCAAACGAAGUUUUAUUUCGAGUAUCCAAUCAACUAUGUGAUUAUUGAUUUAUCUUAAUUAUAAAAUUUCAAAUGUUAUAAAUUUUCUUUGUGUUCGUAUCGAGACAUGAUAAUUUGACGUUAUCAUGAUCAAAUUAAAAUUAUCAAAAUAUUGUAGUAAAUUUCAAAAAUUAAUAAAGAAUAGAUAAAGCUGAAAGUGAGUCACUAACUAUGAAAAGCGAACGAAAAUCACAUUUCCAAUGAUUAAUUACGAAAAUUCUUUUAUAUGUUAUCCUCCUCGCUAUAUGGACAAUGCUAUUCUUUUUCUCUUUUCCAAACUGACCACUUUGCAUCGGACUUCGAGGAAUCUUUUAAACAAUGAGAACUGUAACAAAGAACGACCAUAAUUGUAAUUGAACUCUUUCUACUUCUUCAUCGGCAAUUCCACGAUGAAAAUUUCAUAAAAGAAAAAAAAAGAAAAAAAAGCAAAAGACAGAUUAGACUCGUUUAUUGAUAAAAAUUCGAUUUCU